AUUGAGAUCUUGAAGAGAUUGCAGCGAGAAUCUUUUUCAGAUAUUAUGAAGCUAAGAGACAGACAAGAGAAGGUGGAGCGAGUGCUUGCAUUCUUUAAAUCUUCGAAAGGAAGUCCAUUUCAAGAAGCUAGCACUCAUGUAAGGGGAGAAUUUGAUGCUGUGGGUGCAUUGUUGAUGAUCGGUACUAUUGAUGAAUCCAAGCGCAAUGCAAUUGAAAGAUCGAUUAGGACUGGUAUUGAUUCUAGGCUGACUUUUGAAACAACUCUCCGUGAAACGGAUACACUUGUAGCUGAGUUUGUUGGCAGCGAAAGAGGCCAAAUGGAUAUCCCGGGUAGUCCACUUUCUUUAGCAAAAGUUCUUUAUGCAGCAAAUAUUAGUGACUCGUUCUCCGCAGUUGCCAUUCCAUUUGGUGGUCGAUGUAGAGAUGUUGCGGUACCUACAAAUUCACGUGAGGAAAGGGGCCUGACGGAUUAUUCAUCAUUUGGGCCGCCUCUGCUGAAUCAACUAAAUGGUAGCGGAAUUGCUGUGAUGGUAAAAAAAUCGAUUGUUGUUGCUUCGUUGGCUCAGUUUGUCUCUGCAUUCCCACACUCUGAUAGACUUUCGUAUUGUUUUGGCACUUUUGGUCAAGUUGUUUGCCAACUUUCGAGCAAUACAAAGCUGUCGAUCAUGGGUGUACACAAAAUGGCCAAUCUGUCGAGCCAACAGCCUAGACUUGCAGCUAUGUCGUUGCCUAUUGGCAUUCUACAACGGUCAGGGCAUUCUCAGGCACCCGUGGAGGAAAACAGCCUCUUAGAUGGUUCAAUCGCUGCAAUGCUAGAGUCAAAACUCGAUGAAAGUACAAGAAUCGGUGGCUGGGUAGAGAUGAAGAGAUCAAAUCCGAAACAUUUGCAGUGGGGAGUUACGAUGUCUGAUACGCCCGAGGAUGAUUUUGGGUGGGGUUUGAGCCUUGGCGGCUUACUACAAGGUCCGCGAAAUUGGGACCAUUUUCAAGUCGAAUCUUUUCUCAAUUUCAACUUAGGAAACAAGUGCAAGUUGCAGCCAGGUCUGCUCUAUGUAAUGGAUGGAGCCACUCAGUUUCCUGCAUUAACAUUCCGCACUAGUUGGUCCUUGUAAUGUGCAACCUGGUUCAGACACCACGAUUGAACAAAAGAGAAAUACAAAAAUACACGUUCGCAACUUCCACACAAAAGAGAAAGAAGAGAGGCAUUUUGUCUACUGCAACAGUUUGUCUACCUUGUUGUGGGGCUCUUCACUGGACCCUGCGCAUAGCGAGAGCUUUAGUGCACCGGACCGGACUGUCCUUUUCAACAGUUUAGUAACUACAUUUAUUAGUCGAAGUAGUUAUAGGAUAUCAACUCUCUUCUAAACAGUUUGGCCAAGUUUUUAGAAGAAAAUUCUUUUUGGUCUAA